AUGGUUCCUGAGAAACUGCGUAUUCCUAGUUAUGACAUUGAAGAAAACAGCAAAGAACCUGUGAAAUUAGUAAUGGAAGAUGAUGUUUUAAACAAUGACGUUGGUAUUGGAAGCUAUGAAGACAAUUAUGAGUUACGAAAUAGCAACAUAAUUUAUGAUAACGAUGAUGAUAUAGAUAAUUUUGAAAGAGGCGAUUUCAGUCAAUACGUUUUUGAUGAUUGCGAAAAUGGCAAUUAUGAUUAUUUUGUUUCGUCAGGAAAUGACUUUGCAUCUCAAGAAGCUACUAGCCGUUUAAAACCGUAUAACCACAGUAACGAAAAUUCCACUAAUAAAAAACAAAAACUGAAUGCUGAAAAUAUGUCUAAAAAUGACGAUCACAUUGAAAAGCGUUCAGUGUCGAGAUCUCUUGAAACCCUAGUUAGGCAUUUUAAAAUAUUUUUCCCAAUGUCGAAGAAAAGAUCUGCCGAUACUCAGUGUAAUGGUUUGAAUAUUUCUUCCCAUAAUAACCUUCGUUGUUUUAGUUUUUCUGAUUCGAAAAUUGGGAAAGAAUUUGAAAACUUUAGUAUGGGACAACGAACAAACUUGCUGCCUGACAUCAACGAGCUUCAUCAUAAAAGUAAUUCAAAUAACAUCCACCCACCUUCCAAUAAUGUCCAAAUAGAUGAUGUUUGUAACAAAAUAAGUGAUAACUUUGAAGGCAAUGCCCAUGAAUCAUUAAUAGAACCAACAAAUAAUUCAGAAAAUUUAAGUGAUAGUUUAUUAAAAACACAUUCACUCCACAACAAAACUGAUCUUGAAAUGGACAAAAAUUGUACGUAUUCAGGUAAAACGGACGUUAUUGAGAAUAUUUCGCAUUCCAGCAACUGUAAUGAUGAAAACUUUGAAGAAAAUGGCUUGUAUGAAGAUAUUUCAAAUAACAUCGGUAAUGAUUUUAAAGGUCGACAAUGUUCAGAAUCAAACAAUUACCUGAUGCCGGAUAUCCCGAAAACCCAUCUUGAAACUCAACAUGCUACGGAAAACGGUAUUGACCAAAAAAAUAAUACUAUAGAUGGAAUGUACAAUAGUGAAAAUGAUUUUUUAAUUUGUAACAAUGACGUAACUGCUAGUAGCAUAAGUAGUACCACCGACGAGUUUUUCGACGAAGUAACUACAAGCGGCAUGGUUUCAAAUAUAUCAAUGGAAAAUGAAAAAAUUGAAAAUAGUAUAAAUAACAAAAAAAAUAAAUCCAAAGAUUUGUCAUUUUCUAUCGCGUGUUCUUCAGCAAAUGAGUUUACAGGAUCUUUAUUCCCCGAGGGAUCAUUCGAAACAUUCAAUCCAGAAACCAAGAAAAAUCAUGGCAAGUCAAUGACAAUGGUUUUGAUAGCUCUGUGA